AUGGAGAUAGGGGCUGAAAUUAGCAAGAAAAUAAGAGCUGCUAUUAAAGGAAAGCUUCAAGAACUCGGUGCUUACAUUGACGAGGAACUCCCAGAUUACAUCAUGGUAAUGGUGGCCAACAAGAAAACCUCCCAGCAGAUGGCUGACGAUCUCUCGCUUUUUUUGGGGAACAACACCGUUAAAUUCACCGCCUGGCUGCACGGCGUCCUGGAGAAGUUACGAACAGUCGCAGUGGAGCCUGCCCCUGUCAGACAUGAGCAACAGCCAAUUAGCAGCACGUCUGUCACCAGAACGGAAGAUUUUAAGCCUAACGCACGCUCUGAUAGGACGGAAUCCCGCAGCUCCGCCCACGAAAACCGGAGGGGCAGUGUCGAGAAGGGUUCUUCCCGUCUGACGUCUGCCGUCAAGCCCCUCAUGGAGCUCCUCCCCUCCGACGCGGUUAUAGACAUCAAGCCGGAGAUGGACGACGAAUUCGGCGAGGACGGAGCAGAGACGGCCACCGCCCAGAGGGCAGCGCGUGGCAGUCGGCCGUCGGUGGAACUGUACAAGGCGGGUCAGAGCAAGCUGAGCAAUACGUCGCGGUCUGCCGAAGGAUCGUCGCACGGGAGGCAUCAAGACGGCAGAAGCAGUAGAGCCUCCAGAGGCGGGUCCACCAAGGAGUCCCGUAAACGCAAGGCACCCGUGAGCUCUGUCGUGCGAGUGAGCAUCGACUCCGACGAGGAAAGCGACGACAUGGACGAGGAUGACGACGCAAACCCCGGGGGUCGGGGUCUUUCCAGUCGGGUGUUGCUACCGUCCAAACCGGAACGAAAGCCAUCACUCCCACCUGCCAAGCAGGCCAACAGGAAUCUCAUUUUGAAGGCCAUCUCUGAGGCACAGGACUCCAUUAACAAGACCACCACAUUCCCAAUACUUCCACAGAGGCAAACGGUUCCCGUUGCGCCUCGUGCCCGCUCUGCAAAAGAUAAUGAGAUGACGGCGGCCAUCCAACUGGUGCAGCAGCACCUGCACAACGCUCCCUCUAGGGGGCAGCGGUCAUACGCGCCUGAAGAGCAGCCUAGCAGAACUCUGGCACCGAGCAGAUCCGUGGCCGCUCAUUCGCCGUCGGAAUUACCGCAACGUAACGACGGAGACAAUGAGGACCCGAGCAGCGCGAACAAGCAGUUCGACACACGUUCCAUUAUCGUAAGUCGACCGCCGGCGGACGAAAGCCGAAGUCGGGAUCGCAAGCUGAAAGAUGAGCUUGCACUACCGCGCACUGUGCAGACCGGCAGGGAGAAAGACAUGUCCAACAGCCCCAAGUUUAUCGUGACACUGGAGGGCGUCCCGAGCCCGCUGGGAAACAUGACAGAGACGGACGUGGAGCUAGAAGACGUUCGGCCACCAACUACUCUGGGCGCCAAGUCCAAAGUCGGUGUCCUGCAAAGGUUGCAUGGAGAGCUGCCCUCAAUGGACACUUCAUUUGCCAACAAGAACAUGUUUCCGACAGAUGACCCAAUGGAAGAAGACAUGUUUGACAUGGACACGACGCCUUUAAAAAAAAUGAAAGUAAUGGAGCGCUGCAAGUUCUGGCCGGUGUGUAAGAGCGGAGAUGAGUGUCCUUAUCACCAUCCAACAAGAACGUGCAAGACGUUUCCUUCGUGCAAAUUUGGCGACAAAUGCCUUUUUAUCCACCCCAACUGUAAAUAUGACGCAAGGUGCAGCAAGCCCGACUGUCCUUACACGCACGUGAGCCGCAGGGGUACUGUGGCUCCACCUCCGAGGCCAGUUGCUCCAGCAGCACCAACCAUGAGCAUGUGCCGCUUCUUCCCACAUUGCAAGAAUAUGGAUUGCGCUUUUUAUCACCCAAAGCCAUGUCACUUUGCCAGCCAGUGUAACCGAGACGGUUGCACCUUCUUCCACCCAAACACGUCGGUGCCGCCCAGGCACGCCCUCAAGUGGACCAAGACACAGAGCAGGUGA